AUAUUGUUGAGGGGGAGAGCGAGUUUAGAGCGGUAAUAACAGGUUUUGGGUUUUCCUUCUCCAUUUUGGCUAAUUGCACCUCUGCUGCUUCCUUCAUUAUCUCCUCCUACCCCUUUUUUUGGCUUGAGCUUUGUCCUCCCCUGUACUGAGUGCCAGCUUCUCCUCUACUUCCUCCUUGUCCUCCUCCAGAUCAUCACCUCAUCCUUAGAAGGCAGAGGUCUUGCUGCAUAUUUACCUUCCUCAGAAUCAUCUACAGCCUUGCGUCCUCUGAAUGUUGGGAAAUGCAGGACUUUUUUCAUCUCCUCCUGCUUUUGCUGCAGCUGCACUAGUAAAGUGGUUACAGUGACUUUCAUGCAUAAAUAUUCAAGCAUCAAAAUAUCAAUGUGCACUCACUUUGCCUGUGGUUUGAUGCUGGCAUGAAGUUACUGUAACUUUUGAAAAAAGGAAUUAGAGUUAUGCAAACUUUUAGCUUAACUCCCACAGACACCAAAAUGUAGGUCACGUGCUGUUUGCGACACUCAUGCUAGACAGUGUGGUUGAAAACACGAGCACAUCUCCUACUGAUGAGUUAGAUGUGAAGACAACCAUGUCAGCUGUCACUGUCAGCAUGUCUGCUGCCUGGCUGAAGAUUGCAAUCUUUGUGUGCCUCUCUUACAUAGCACGGACUGAUGGAGGGACAAAAAAAGUUAUAUGGAAAGAAGCUGGAGAAAGCAUCACUAUCGAGUGCAGUUCCUCUCAACCCCAAGAGUCCAUGUAUUUGUACACAGGUCUCUAUAAAAGCGUUGAGCUCGUGUUCAUAAGCCCACCAAAAGUUACUGUUACUAAUCACAUCAAAGCAAGAGUUCAGACGUACAUAGAAUUUCCCAAAAUUAGUGUUCUCAUCAAAAACUUGACUGUUAACGACACGGGAACAUACUGGUGUGUGUACAUGAAUUACAUCAACCUAAAGGAGGUACGAGUUGAAGGUGAUGGAUCGCUUCUUUUGGUGGUAACAGGGAAAAAAGGAGCCCCGACGGUUGCGACGGUGACGCAGCAGUGCGAGCCGCUCCUGCAGGGUCUGCUGACGGGGGCUCUGGUGAUCAGUGGGGUCGUGACAUUGUGCGUCGUCGUUGCCUGUUGCGGUUGGAUCAUCUUCAAGAAGCCCCCUUGCACCACACAGACAAGACAGUCAAAGCGUGCCGUCGGCAAUGAUGUUUAUGAAGACAUGCGUGGAACUCUCAGACGCUGAAGAUGUGGGGGUGUUUUUGCAGCCAGCGAAAUGUCCUAAACACUCUGGACCACUGAGUCAAGACUGAAGUGACGGAGCGACAGAUCAAGUUCUCUCACACUCUCAUAAGUUUCUCCAAGAAAUGUGUGUGUGUGCGUGUGCAUGAGACAGUAUGAUUGAUAAGUUACAUGACAGCAAAAUAACAGCAACAUGUAGUUUUUCAAAAGGUGCCAUUAUUUUUACAUUUAUUUCAAUUUUGUUGUAAAUAUUUUUGUCUUAAUUGCUUGUAAAGCUCAUGAUUUCAUGAGUUAUUGUAUACAGUUGCACACUUUCUGUUGAAAAGUUGAGCAUUUAUAACACACAGGUAUGAUUUUCUUGUCUUACUUGCAAACAAUUAGAAUUUAAGUUUGUAUUUUUAAAGAUUGACAUCUUAGAUUUUAUAGCAACAAUAAUCUCCAUGCAAACAAGCUGGUCUUGCCAAAUAAUGCCUUUUUAUGUCUAUGUAGUAUAUAUGUAUAUAUAGUAAGUUUUUUAUGUUAUGUUGGAGUGUGGAAAUAUCAAGUAGUACCUGCUGCAAAUCCCAGAAAUACAGAUGAACAGUAAACAUUUUACAGGUUCAUUUUCUGGCAGUGUUACAUGAUGUAAACAAACUGACAAAGAAAACCAAACCUGGUGUUCCACUGGCGGUAGUUUUUCCUGUAACUUAACCCGGAACGUAAAACCUCUAUCGUCCAAGAUGCUGUUUUAGCUCUUCACAAAAUGUAUCCAGCGACAUGCUACUCCAGAAAGUGUUGAUACAGUGGUGUAACAACUCUACUACGAGAUAACUGUCUUUUUUCAUUUGUUUUUUAGCUUUAGCAGAUGCUAAGUUUCUGCUUGUUUUAAGAUUGUAAAUGUUGUCAUGAUCUAAGUAUGUUCAGACCAGCCAGAAGCUUUGUUUAAAAAGUGCCAUCUGAAACAUGAGGGUUUAUUCUGCAUGUGAACGUAAAUAAAUGAAUAAAAACAAUGUGGAGGAUGCAUUUUUUUUCACUGCAAAGCAUUUUUCUCUCCUGAUUUCCAAGAAGUGGUUCUGAGAUUUGUAUUUCUUGAAUUUAUUUAGCUGACUAGUCUGACAUUUGUAUUGAUUUUCAGGGAUGUCCCCUCCUGGAAACGUUCGCAUCUAUCAUGAAUGCUCUUCACUUGUAAAUGAUUGUUUUUCCUGUUGAACUACGGCAAAUAGCAUAAUUUUCCAUUCCAUUUACCAAUGGUUUCUCUAAGACUUGUGCUUAUAUA